UGGUCAGCGCCCAGUGGGCGGGGCGUGAACUGGGCGGAUCCCUCCGCGGCUCCGCGGCUCCGCUUCGCUUCUCGGGACUUUUCGUGGCUUCUUCUUUCCGUUGAGGCAGCGAACCUGCGCAGAUGGCGACCACGUACUCAGAUCUGGAGCUGGCCAUCAACACGCUGGUCUCUGAGUUUCACGGAGCUGCAGACGACGGACCGACCCUGAACGCCUCUCAGUUCCAGAACAUGAUCGUCAAGCAGCUGCCGGGGUUCGCCAAGCAAGUGGAGACCGAGGAGGGUCUGGGUCUGGUUCUGGACCAGAUGGGGGUCAAAGAUGGUCAGAGCAUCUCCUUUGAGAACUUUUGGACUCUGAUCAACAAACAGGCAGUCCAGCAGUUUGCCUCCUCCCACAAAGAGAAGAACAUCAGCUGUGGCUGCUACUUGAUGUGAAACCCGAGACCACCUGAGACCACCUUACUGAAACCUACGACCACCGGACUUCCCCUGAAACCCACCUGAGAUUGUUUGUACCUGCAUCACAUCUGGGACCACCUGACGGACACACCUACAUCAACCUGCAUUCCAGAUACAACCGAGACCACCUGGGACACGAACACACCUGUAAGAAGCUGCAUCACCGGGCUGAUCAACGGGGGGCGGCAGGAGGAUCGUGGGACAGGACGGUGCCGAGAAAGAAGAGUUUCACCAUGAUGAUCAAAGAAAAAAAACAUAUAAUAAAUUCAUUAAUCAUCGAGCAUAAUCAUUAAUUAGCGGAAGAUAAAGGAACUGGAAACUGAAAUAAAUGUGAACAACGCUAAAUAAUUCAGGUAAUUAGAUAAAUACAUCAAAAACAUGCAAAACAAAAACUUGGAAAUGCAUGUUUUAAUUAAAACUCCACAAAAGACAACAAUUAAAAAAAUAAUACAUAACUUCGAAAAUAUAUUUAGACAAAACGACUAAACGUGAUGAACUAGGUGGAUAGAAAUUAUAAUAAGGGAAUGGAAACCACCAUCACAUGCAUCAAAAUAAAUUAACAGAAUGAAUUAUGUAGAAUUGAAUUAAUUUCCACAAAACUGGAAAAGAAAUUCUAUAAAAAUAGUACAGAAAAUGAAUAAAUAAUGUGGGUAAAUUUAUUGGCAUUAAUCUAAAAAAAGGAAUACAUGUAUUAGUGUUUACAAAUCAAAUUCCUUGAAAAAUGUGAAAGUUAGUUUGUGGUCAAAUUAUUUCAUGUCACUUAUUUCUCAGACAUUUAUUCUUCAUCUAUUGAUGUUUUGAUAUUUUGGACCUCCGUACCCAGAUUCAAACAAGUUUAAUUCAGAUUACAUGUUAACCUGUUAAAGUUGAAGUUGAAUUAUAAAUAUGUGAUACUAAUUCAUGUUUGUUUUUCACUAAUAAACCUAGUUCUUGGAUUUGUAUAAUCGUGGUUAUGUAAUGUUGCUCCUUUAACAUUCGUUCUUGUCACUAAUAAAACUAUUCUCUUCUGAUACAAAA